UGUACAUGCAUAUAAUAGUUUUAAUGUCUCCUAGCCAAAGCCGAAAAUGCCGGUGUAUCAUGUGACCCAUGAAUCUUUUUCGGUGGACCACAACAGUGUGCCAACGAUGGACUCGACAGUACCCAUGGAACUGUCGCUACAUGAGUCGUAGUGCUGAAGAAAUUGCAUCUGCAUCGAAACAAAUACCCUCAGACCUUCCUGCUAUCACUUUCGAGUCUUUGGGACUGCGACAAUCUGUUGUAAAAGCCAUGCAUGCAGCUUUUCCUAAUGUUCAGCAUCCAACAGACGCACAAACGAGGCUCAUUCCAGCAGUGCUGAGUGGUAUGGAUGUCCUUGUCACUGACGACACGGGGUCUGGAAAGUCCUUCGGACUCUUGCUUUCGCUCCUCAACGAACCUCGCCUACGAUACAGAAAUAAAGAAACCGGACUUGUACGCGAAAACCUGUCUAUCACGUCGCUGUUCAUUGUUCCGCAUCGCGAUUUGGCGUACCAAUUAUACCAUUGGGUUCAGUGUAUAUCAGAUGCAGCAUCUAACACUCCUCCUGGCACUCCCUCAAUCGCAUCUAUCGCGCAAGUCCUUGUUCGAGAUGGAAAAAUGCACCUCGACUCUGGUUUGGCUGCCUUACGCUCAAAUCCACCCCAUAUUCUCAUUGCAACGCCACAGGCGGUGAUGGAUGUAUAUCGCCAAGAACCGGAAACCCUUCCUUUCGUGGAUUUCUCUACUGUGGUGGUAGACGAGAUUGACUACCUCGUGGAAACCAUGCCGCACAAGUCAGAAGAAACGACGUAUUGGAAAACGAUCCAGAAACGGCAGGCGAAACUUACACGACAUCCGGGGGUGACCAAGGAGCUACUUGACAUCAUCUACGCGCAACGAAAGAAGAUGUGCGAGGAGAACCGGCAGGAACUUGUGAAUGAGCCCUACCAUACGCCGCAGUUGGUGGUAUCUAGCGCAAGUGUUCGAAAACAUCUUUCGAGCCAUUUGUUCUAUGAAAGUGGAUGGAUGAGGAAGAAGGAUACAAUCAUCGUACAUGGGUCGCCGAAGACCGUAGCCCCACAUAGUGGACUUGGAGGUAAAGACGUCAAGCAUUCAGUGCUCGUGGUAUCUGGGGCAAAGGUUACGAAUAUUGAGGAAGCUACUCCGACGACUCCUGAAGGAGAUCAUGAUGCAACGAAAAAGUUAGCCGAGAACGGAGAAGGUCAGCCGGUCGUUGUUAAUGUCAGUGCUGAACAGCGAAGCGCUUAUGAGGGGAAACCUUCUCCGUUUAAUCCCAAUGCCUUGGAAGCUGUGGCUGUGACGUUUGCACUUGAUGUCCCUUCUGUCGCAUUGCUGGUUAUACGUCCAGAAGCGUCUGUGCAGCGUGCUGUAUACGACUUGCGGAGCAUGGGUGUCAAUGCAGUUGCUUUAGAUGUCGCGAACAUGGAGCGAGGUGGUGCUCAUCUCCUGAACUACGGUGAUACGAGCAAGUUCAAGGCAAACCCGACCCUGUUGGUAUGCACACGAGCGAUGACGCGAGGAAUUGAUUUCCCGGAACUCACACACGUGUUUAUCAUGGAAUUCUUCCAGGGCAAAAUGAGCGGGCAGACAGUGGACGAAUACCUACACAUUGCAGGUCGAGUGGGGCGAUUCGGACGUGGGGGUAGGGUGAUAACACUGGUGGAAAGGGGAUCGGUGGCCGGAACGGACACGAAGGACGGACGAAGAACGGGGGGAAAAGAGGAUGCGAAGAUGAUGUCGAUUCUGAAGAGCAUAGGAUGCAGCCCUGACAGAUUCGAAUAUUUCGAUUGAAAUCGGUAUGGGUCGUCGAAGGGGCUGGGGUUCGUCAUGACGAGUCGAUCAGGGCGUAAAAAAAAGAUUGCUACUCUGUCAGUCGCAGACCGUUGCCCUAGGCAACCAUGUUCCACACCAUUUUUAUGUUAUUUAAUUUGUUUGGAGCAGGAUACUACAGAACGAUACUGUGUACGUAUCAGGACCGCAUACCCACCCAUACACAUUUCAUCAC